AUGCGGCCAUCCAGAUCGAACAUAUCGGAUUUCAUGUCCUUCGUGCCAGAUGCUGAUGAGACGAAAGCAGUGUUGUUUGUCGAAGUAUGUAUCGGUAAAUCUUAUAUUGAAUUACGGCUCACUAAUCUUGUGGAGUACGCGAGUAGUAUCAAUGAAGCUGUCGAUCAGUACUACGAGAACCCCAACAGACACUCACAACGGUCACAUCGGCCACCAUCAUCUAUGAACAAUUCCAUGACAGCCUCCACGACCGCCUGGGCCCAGUCUGGCGACUUGAACCACACCACAUCUCCCACAUCCCCCACCGAGCCCCCUUCAUAUGCUUUAGCCACAAGAAGCAUCUCUGUGUCGACCGGAAGCCAAACAAGCCCAAGGCCAUCUUUUGUGGCGACAAGUAGCAGUGUCUCCCGUCAUCCCCAUGAAAACGCCUUGAUCAGGGCCGCCAAGGUCCGCGCACAAGAUGAGUCCGAAAUGCAAAAGAUGCUCCACAGUGUUCAGCUCUCAUGCCGGAUUUACAACCCGGAGAUUGAACCUGAACACGAAACACAUUUGCUAUGUGAAUGUCCUGUUCACAUGUACUGGAAAAGAAGGCUUAAUCGCCUUGAUGUGCUUGAGAUGUGGUCCAAGGCCGUGGUCUAUCCAGGCGAAAAGCCAUAUCAUGAUUUCGCACACUUGCGCCUUUCCAACAACAACCCAUAUUCUAACAUCAUGACAUCCUAUUCACUCGCAGGUGCUUCAAUAUAUGGAAUCGCAAAGCCCAAUCCGGAAUUACAUGCCAAGUUUGUUCAACAAACCAUCGCUCUGGACUCGGCUCUCAACAAGAAGGCACAGGCAGCUGUUCAGCUUAUGGAGCCAUCUUUCAACAUUUGGGAGCUUGAGCAGCUAGAGUCCCUCGUAUCCAACAUGUCUCUCACCCGCCGCACAUCCGCUAAUGACGAGCUGAACAGCGAAAAAUCGUCUAAGCGUUCACGCUUCAGGAAGGCUCUCUCUGUCAGCAGCUCAGAUGAGCGAACUGCGUCCAAAAUAAAAAAGAAACUUGCUGGUUCUUUCCAGUUACGCAGCGAGAUCCUCAAGGAAGAACAAGGCCGGUGGCAAGAUGGGAUUGAUAGGCAAAUUGUCUCAACUUAUCAGGAACGAAUUGGAAUAGCUCGGGCGGUUUCUGAGAUUCGAAUGCAGAAGCCGAUUCAAUACCUGAAUCAUUUACGAGCGGGAUACUUUGAGCCGAUUCCGGUUGCUUGGCAAUCUCAGGCAUCGAAUCCUCUGAGAUUUACCAUUGAAGCCUCUGCGGGAUGGAGAGGUGUCACGCCUGCGUGGAGAGGGUACAAGGAUACCGCCGAAGAGCGACUAUACUGGGUUCUAAGUCACAGAUCUGGAUGCCAAAUCACAACAAAACCAGAUUUGAUUUCGGAGCUUGAGCUGGCACGGGAACGAAUAGCUUCGGCGGUGGAUUCUCACCCAAGGUAUCACUCUCCCGAUGAUAUUUGUCGCAAUCGAUAUCCCAGGGAAGGAUAUUCAAAACAGAUCACCCAGGAUUUCGAAACUACUUAUGAUAUCGGAUCGCCGACAGAUGAGACGAUGCUCUUGCUGGAUGUUCGCGGUUCCAUGGAUUUCAAUCCCUUGCGACCCAAUUACAACCAAUAUCUCAUCACGAGCUUGUUGAAGACAGACCAACCAAAGAGCAAAGACCUUGCAAAGGCCAUCCUACGGCGCUUCAUCGAAGCACUUGGGAAGCAUGAUAGUAACGGACUGGGGUAUCCAUUCGUAACAUUCAGCAGCCAAGCAAACUAUAUCAACUUAGUUAAUGGAUGGAACCUAAAUGAUGUUUGGAGGAAUGUCAGAUUCACAGGACGCAGCCGCGUCAUGGUAGGAUGGCAAAAGGUCAAGGAGAUGCAUUUCCAGAAGCAUUCUGAAACAGCAACAUUCCACCCAAUAUACGGGUGGCAAGCCGGUCCCCAAACGCCCAAGUUGCGUCUGAUUCUGAUACUUGGCGGCGAGGUCAAUGACAUGGACGAGUUCGAGCUGAGCCUCUUCGAUGUAUCCUGGGCCUCUAUCACCAUUCUUCUGAUGGGGGCUGACGGCUGUCUCCAUCAUCACCGGCAAGCCAGCAGAUUAAGACGUAUGGCCGAUUCGAAUCCACAUAUAUCUUUCAUUGAAGCUCAAGGGCUUGUCCCCGAACGGCUCGUCACGCAUGAGCUUCUUAAACACCACCUCGGCCAAGACUUUUCCAUGUCCGAGUUCGAAAACCUCGAACAACAAACGGCUGAACUUCCGUCGCCGUCAGAGCCUCGAGCACAGAGAACUCAAUCAGGUCAAAGUCAACUGGAGCAAUUACUCAUUGAACUACCCUCGGUUGAGGAAACCCGAAUUUGGCAAAGAGAUUAUCAACUGCCACAAACGCCAGGACUGUAUGAGCUAUCAGGCGUCCAAAGACCUACAGAAUUACCCGCAAACGACAGAUCGGUAGCGGUGCAGCACCCUCCUAGGCCAACCCGGCCAGCUCCUCACCACCGCAGCUAG